UCUUUACAUGUAGCUCUCAAUAAUUUAACAAAUGAAAUUAAUACUCAUUUAUUUAUUUAUUUAUUUGUAAUUUAUCACAUAAAUUUUUGAAAAAAAUAUCUAUGCGUCGCGUAAAAAGUUUGUUAAUUAUUUCAAUUAUUUUCACAGUAUUAUUACUCGUCUAUAAUAUGAAUCAUCAGUUUAUUAAUGACAUGAAUUAUUCAAAUUAUUACGCUCAGACAGUGCAUAGAAUGGUCACUCCGUCACUCGCUGAACUAGGAACUGAUGGAAUUUCUAAAUUUAAUGACCACGUUAUUAUGCUGACUAGAGUACCGGGUGCAGGUGCGGAAAUAUUAGUCUAUAUAUUGCAACAUUUAUCAGGAUAUAAUGCAUUCAAACAUAUAAGAAUACCUUCGGGAAAUUAUGAUAAGAUUCUCUCUCCAUUACAACAGGAAUUUCUUGUCGAAGACAUAACAGAUAUAAUAAAACAAGAAGCGAUUCCAUUAAGUUUUGACGGGAAUAUUAGAUUUUUGAAUUUUUCAAAAUUUGGCCGCCAAACUCCGUCGUUUAUUUCAAUCGUCCGAGAUCCGCGGGAUAUUUAUUUAUCAAACAGAAAUAAAUCGGCAAUUUAUGACGGAGGAAUUUCAUAUUUUUGUGGACAAAAUCCGCGCUGCGCUGUUAAAAAUAGAUGGUCAUUAGAGAAUGCAAAGAAAAAUGUCAUGCAAUGGUAUUCCGUAAUAGGAAUUUUGGAAAACAUGGAAGAAACUCUGAAUGUUUUAACGAAAAAAUUUCAUUAUUUUUUUAAUGGAGCUUCUGAUAUUUAUAUCAAAAAAUUCCGAUUAAAAAAAAUGCUGAGAAAUAAUAAAAUUAAACGAAAUUUAUUAAUAAAAAAAAAAAUUGAAAAAACAUUUGAAAGAGAAAUAGAAUUUUAUUUAUGGUUGAAAUCACGUUUACUCAAUCAAGCAGAUGAAUUAAUUAAUUAAUUAAUUGAUUAAAAUUUUUGCUUUUAAUUAUUUAUAAGAAAUGUAUAUAGUUAAUGGAUAUGUAAU